AUGGCGAGGGGAUUGAAGAAGCAUCUGAAGAGGCUCAAUGCGCCCAAGCACUGGAUGCUAGACAAGCUCGGUGGAGCCUUUGCUCCCAAGCCAUCAUCUGGGCCUCACAAGUCCAGGGAGUGCCUGCCCCUGAUUCUGAUCAUCAGGAACCGGCUCAAGUAUGCCUUGACAUACCGUGAGGUGAUAUCCAUUUUGAUGCAGCGUCAUGUGUUGGUUGAUGGCAAGGUCAGGACUGACAAGACCUACCCUGCUGGCUUCAUGGAUGUCAUCUCCAUUCCAAAGACUGGUGAGAACUACAGGCUUCUCUAUGACACCAAGGGUCGCUUCCGCCUUCACUCUGUUAGGGAUGAGGACGCAAAGUUCAAGCUUUGCAAGGUCCGUUCUGUCCAGUUUGGUCAGAAGGGCAUUCCGUAUCUGAACACAUAUGAUGGGCGCACCAUCCGCUAUCCUGAUCCUCUUAUUAAGGCAAAUGACACAAUCAAGAUUGAUCUGGAGACAAAUAAGAUCGUUGAUUUCAUCAAGUUUGACGUGGGCAAUGUCGUUAUGGUCACUGGAGGGAGGAACACUGGUCGUGUUGGUGUGAUAAAGAACAGGGAGAAGCACAAGGGAAGCUUUGAGACCAUUCAUGUGGAGGAUGCCUUGGGCCAUGCCUUUGCCACCCGUAUGGGCAAUGUGUUCACAAUUGGCAAGGGCAACAAACCAUGGGUGAGUCUCCCCAAGGGCAAGGGUAUUAAGCUCAGCAUCAUUGAGGAGCAGAGAAAGCGGGAUGCCGCUGCUCAGGCUGCUGCAAAUGCUUAA